AUGACAUCACGCUCACGUAGCCCAAGACGGGAGGCUGGCACCCCCAGCGCCAGCAUUUCGGGUGUCGGCAGCUCGGGUGCCUUUGGCUUUCUAUCGAGGGCCUCGGCGGCCUUGUCCGCUGCCACUCUGGUCUUUUCCUCGCGGGCGAAGGCCUCGCCUGAAGUGCCUGAGAAGGAGGUCCAGGUCCGGGCCGCUGAGAAGGCCGAGGUGCUUACGAAGGCUGCGGCAGAGCUUGCAUCACCACCGAAGCCAGCAGAGCCAUCGACGAAUGAGCUGCCAUUGGCACAGGCUGGGCCGGUUGGGCCAGUGCCGAUUGAGCGGCCUGACUCAGCGGCAACGCCUCCCGCUGAGGAAGGCACGGCAGCCAGCGAGGCUGCGGAGGCGGAGGAAUCCCAGUGCUUUGGCUGUGGCAAGAGCGUGCCCAGCUCGGAGCUUCGGCAACACUUGGAAAGCAGUGAGAAGUGCCUCAGCACUGCUUGGCAGGCAGCGGUGAAUGCAGUGGGCUGCAUGCCCGGGGCAUCGACAACCCUUUGGUGUCCCGCAUGUCCUGACGCCUUUUUGGGAAAGUGGACAGGCUCCGUCUCCAAGGCCCCCGCCUUGCUACGGCAUGCUGCAUCGGCCAGCAAGGCAGGAUUGAAAGAGAGUGCUGGGGCCGCCAAGUGGACGCUUUGUGGGCCGGAUGGUUCACUUUGUGGGAUGUGUGGCAAGCGAAGAAAGAAAGAUACUCUGGUUGCAGAAAGAAAGACGUGUGGUAUGAGCGAAGGUAAAGGGAACACCGAUCAAGCAGACAUUCACUUUCAAUUUCUGGAAGUGAAGCGCUCGGUCUCGGCUUUCUCGGCCUCGGCUUCGACCACCGUUUCCUCGACUGCUUCCACCUCCACAUGCUCCGAACCGUCCGGGAAUACGCCAUGGGAGUCCUUUGUUCCCGUGACCUUGGCCAAAGGCGUGGUUGAACAGAGGCUGGAACUCCCGUGCGAUGGACCUCCUGGAAAGCUAUCCGUGGUCGUCUAUGCUCCUCAAGGUGCCGUCUUUCAACGCGAGGCGGCUGUGCUUUGUUGUGCAGGUUGCUAUGAAUGCCUGGAGGGGCCAAGUUGUCUUUACAACCAUUUGGCCUCGGAGUUGCCGCAGAAGGGCUACACAGUGAUCCAGUUGGCCUAUCGACCACCUGCAGAUGAUGAAGAGGAAGCAGCUGAGGAUGUGAUGACCUGCAUCGAUUGGCUGGCUGCACAGAAGUUCCGCUCUGUGCUCCUCAUCGGUUGGUCCAUGGGUUCUGCAGCUGUUAUCGAGGCCGCCUACUUGCGUCGCCAUUUGAAGUUUUUGGUCGGGGUCAUCACCUUAGCCGCACAAACCUGCGGUACACGGAAUGCCAAGCACCUGCAGGUUCCCCUGCUGGCGUUGCAUGGCGAGCAAGACAACGUCUUACCUUCCGAAUCUUCCAAGACCUUGGUGCAGCGUGCGGGCGAAGGUGCCCGACUGCAACUUUUCGGCAAGGACACUCAUCGAAUGGAGAGCGCCCUGCCAUGUGUCUUAGACUUUAUCGCCAGUGUGGUGCCAGCGUUCAAAAAGAGCCGUUCAUCACAAGCCUGGUAG